CGCAACCACGACGUCCUACAGUCAUCAUGUUGGGUUUUCUCUGGCGGCACCAACCUUUCAAAGCGGCAUACAUCCUCUGGAAGCUGUACGCGACAGGCAUAUUUUGGGUUCCCCUUUGGACGACGAUCGCGCUCGUACCAGCGUUUCGACCGCGAAGGUCCUGGAGUAUAUUGAAGACCAUCAAGGUUCAGCUCAUCAGGAGACUUGUCGCAGUCAGUUCCGUCACCGGUCCACUAUUCUCAGAGCCGAACCACAACAACUUCGUUCCGACUUUGAACGGCGCGGGCGUCUGGGUCAACGCCGCACCUGAGUUGAUUAUUGGACCGGUGAAGCUAUGGGCAUCUAUGACUGGCGUGUUGCCUGCGCGCAUACCAGGAUAUUGGAUGCACCCUAGAGGGUCUACCAAACACAUAGGAUCACGUCCAGUCGCUGGUGAAAAGGUCCUCUACUCCCUACAUGGAGGUGGCUUCACUGUGGGCUCCGCUCACCCGGAUCACAUCUUCUCGAACGUUGCGCGGCGCAUAAUGGACUAUUCAAAGACAGUCCGCCGCGCAUUUGCUGUCGAGUACCGGCUGUCCAAGGCGUCGAACGGGGUCCGGGAAAAUCCGUUCCCCGCCGCUCUUAUAGACGCUCUCGCAGGAUACAAGUACCUCAUCCAAGUCGUCGGCUUCGCUCCGGAAGACAUCAUCCUAGAAGGCGACUCCGCUGGCGGCGGGCUCGCCAUCUCUUUGGUCCGAUAUCUCGUCAACCAUCGGGACUCUGGCCUGUCACCGCCGCCCGGCGCCCUGCUCCUGCUCUCACCUUGGGUUGACCUCGGAUGCUCUCACGAAGUAUCACCCCCGCCUUGCAGAAUAUUCGUUGCCGACAUCGAUCCCGAACCCACUGGCUGGGACGAUUGCAAGGAAGCGUACAUCGGACCCGCGCUCGGGCAGGGUUUCGCUGACAUGAACCCCUACGUCUCUCCUGCCGCAAAGCACCCCGCCGCAGAUGCGACCUCCGGCAACUUCCCUCGCACCUUUAUCGCCGCAGGCGGCGCCGAGAACUUGUUACCACAAAUUCGACUCCUCCGCGAUCGUAUGGUACGCGAUCUUGGUACAGAGGGCGGUGGUGGGAAAGUGGCAUACUAUGAGGCGGAGGAUGAGCCGCAUGAUUACCUGGUCUUUGGCUUCGAGCCAGGUACGAGGGACACGUUGGCGCGGCUGACGAAGUGGCUGGAUGCAUAGACAUUUUACUCUGAAGUGGCACUGACACGGAAAUUUCUCACUUGCAUCGAAUGUAACUUCGAUGAUAUCUUUUCUUGCAGUUUGGGUUACGAGAAGUGGUUGAUGUAGGUAGUCCUUGCUCAUCGUCGCGAAGACCCUCAAAUAUCUGUCUCAAUCGACC